AAAACUAUGAAGGCCCAGCUGAUAACCGAUGAGUUCAACUCAUGGCUCGAAGUUCACAAGCCCCAAUGUCAAGCCAAUUAUAAUGGGUCAUCUGGUGGAAUGAAGGUGGAGGGAGCAAAGGUGCUGUGGGGUCGCUCACUCCUGCACAAGAUGAGGUACACCACACUCAUUGGGGAUGGAGAUUCCAAAUCGUUUGCGGCAGUACUGGUUCUCAACCCAUACGAAUCCAUAAUUCCAAAGAAGGCGGAGUGUGUCAAUCAUGUGGCAAAACGGAGAAGAUUGAACGUCUCCAGUCAUACUACACAAAAGCUGUGAGGACAUUCAACUCUUCCCCAGAGCUUAUGCGUGAUGCGGUCAUGGCUGCGUUGCUGCACAGCACCAGCUCAGACGAAGCCCCAAACCUUGAUAAAUGCCCACCCGGUGAAAACAGUUGGUGCUUCUACAACAGACAAAAAAGCCUAGGAAUCACAGCACCAUCACAUUUUAUAACGGAAAGCUGUCUACAUACCUGAACCCCACCGUUGCUUCAUAUGUGAAGCCUAUUUAUGAGCGACUCACCACUGAUGAGCUGAUGGGGAAAUGUGUGCCUGGCAUGACGCAGAAUCAAAAUGAGAGCUUUCAUUCUCAAAUUUGGUUAAAGUGCCCCAAAACGGUCUUUGUGACCAAACCGAGGGUGGAGGCUGCUAUAGCUCUCGCCUCAGCUCAGUGGAAUUUGGGGGCCCUUGGUACCCAGACAUUUAUGCGUUUUCUGGAGCUGCAGGUGUCAACCCAAACCCUGGACAGUGGCACCAGAAGGGACUGCACGAGAAUAAAGAGGGCGGAAAUUGCGGUAGAGGGUGUGGCAAAGAAGAGACGCCAGCAAAGGAAAAUGGCAGCUAGGGAGGAAAGGAACCGUCUUUUGGAGGCGGAAAAACAGAGUGGUGGACUUCUCUACUGCCCAGGGAGAGGAACUGACUAGGCAAAUAGUACUCCUUUUAGCAAUUUAUGGUUUUGCUUCCUAUUUUGGCAAGGUGGAAUCAAAUGUUUUCGACAAAUUUUCCUUCUUUUCUUCUUUUCAGUUGAUACUACCACUGAAUUGACCUCUCUGUUUCAUCACUACCUACGGUAUUUUUGGGGUACUUUUUUCUUUGAAUUAGUUAUAAAAGAAUGUGGUACAUUGACAAAUGAUUAAUUGUCUUUAUACAAUUCAGUUCAUGCUCCUAUCUGUUUCGGUUAGAAAGUUUUGACGAAAUCAGUAGGCCUACAUUUUUUCAAGUUUUCUCAAAACUAUGAAAAUUAAGGGGUAUGGGUUCCGGCCCGGAUUCUCAUUUUAAACACAAGUGGAGGAUUUCUUUUAUAUUUGGCCUGACUAUGUGAAAAUGAAUUUUCUGUGAUCCUGGAUGGGCUUUUUUUUUUUACAUCUCUCACUGAUUUUGAAAAAUGCAGUUUCGAGUGCUUCAGUUGAUGCGAAAAUGCAAAAAUUAACAGAGUCAAGCAAUAGCUAUUACGUUAUCCUCAAUAUCUCUUUAGAGGUUUCAAGUAUAAAUAAAGCCCACCCAGGAUCACAGAUUUUAUUGUUAGUGUGCAUAUGUGAAAAUAUAGGCACUUUAGUAAAAAAAAAAAACUGGUUGAGCGAGAGCUCGGGCCGGAUUGAGUUAAAAUUGCUUCUGUAAACACAAAACAUGAAAUGUUUUCAGAUUCCUUAAAUAAAGAUUCAAUUCCUCUGUCUG